CUGAGCAGGUGCAUUGUGGGAAACGCAGUCUAUGACGCCGUCUGUUUAUUUCUCGACGUUUAACGCCUCUUUUCUCUGUAUAUUUAAGCUAAAAUGUGAAACGUAGCCGACAUUAAACACGGUACUGAUUCAAAGGACACAUUCUCCACCUGUAGUCGUCAGGAUGGACUGUAACAUGGAGCCUGGUGACGGCGGCAGCAGUGCCACGCCCACAGAGGAGAUGAACGGAGCUGGAAACUUGAUGGAUUUCCUGGACGAGCCUUUUCCUGACGUGGGCACGUAUGAAGACUUCCACACCAUCGACUGGCUGAGGGAGAAGUCCAGAGACACGGACCGCCACCGCAAGAUCACCAGUAAGAGUAAAGAGUCCUUCUGGGAGCUGAUCAAGAGCCUGCUGGACGCCUGGUCGGGAUGGGUGGUGAUGCUGCUCAUCGGCCUGCUCUCAGGCACGCUGGCCGGAGUGAUCGACCUGGCGGUGGACUGGAUGACCGACCUGAAGGAAGGCGUGUGUCUGACGGCCUUCUAUUACAGCCACGAGCAGUGCUGCUGGACGUCCAACGAGACGACCUUCGACGACCGGGACAAGUGUCCUCAGUGGCAGAAAUGGGCCGAGCUGAUGACGGGCCACGCCGAGGGAGCGGGGGCGUACGUGUUGAACUACUUCCUGUACGUUCUGUGGGCGCUGCUGUUCUCCUUCCUGGCGGUGUCGCUGGUGCGAGUGUUCGCUCCGUACGCCUGCGGUUCAGGAAUCCCAGAGAUCAAGACGAUCCUCAGCGGCUUCAUCAUCCGGGGCUACUUGGGGAAAUGGACCCUGCUGAUCAAGACGGUCACCCUGGUUCUGGCGGUGUCGUCGGGCCUCAGCCUGGGGAAGGAGGGCCCUCUGGUCCACGUGGCCUGCUGCUGUGGAAACCUCUUCUGCAGCCUCUUCUCCAAGUACAGCAAGAACGAGGGCAAGCGCCGAGAGGUGUUAUCAGCUGCAGCAGCAGCUGGCGUGUCGGUGGCCUUUGGAGCGCCCAUCGGAGGAGUUCUGUUCAGCCUGGAGGAGGUCAGCUACUACUUCCCUCUGAAGACUCUGUGGCGGUCGUUCUUCGCCGCGCUGGUCGCCGCCUUCACACUGCGCUCCAUCAACCCGUUCGGCAACAGCCGCCUGGUGCUCUUCUACGUGGAGUACCACACGCCGUGGUACAUGGCCGAGCUGGUCCCGUUCAUCCUGCUGGGCGUGUUCGGCGGCCUCUGGGGGGCCCUGUUCAUCAGGGCCAACAUCGCCUGGUGCCGGCGCAGGAAGACCACCCUGCUGGGUAAGUACCCGGUCCUGGAGGUCAUCGCCGUGACGGGUCUCACCGCCGUGCUGGCGUUCCCCAACCCGUAUACCCGCCGCAGCACCAGCGAGCUCAUCUCUGAGCUCUUCAACGACUGCGGCGCGCUGGAGUCGUCUCAGCUGUGCGACUACAUCAACAACCCCAACAUGAGUCGGCCGGUGGACGACAUCCCAGACCGACCGGCGGGGCCGGGGGUCUACAACGCCCUGUGGCAGCUCGCCCUCGCUCUCGUCUUCAAGAUCGUCAUUACCAUCUUCACCUUCGGCAUGAAGAUCCCGUCGGGUCUCUUCAUCCCCAGCAUGGCGGUGGGAGCCAUCGCGGGGCGCAUCGUGGGGAUCGCCGUGGAGCAGAUGGCGUACCACCACCACGACUGGAUCAUCUUCAGGAACUGGUGCCGGCCCGGCGCCGACUGUGUCACACCGGGACUCUACGCCAUGGUGGGCGCCGCCGCCUGUCUGGGCGGAGUGACCAGGAUGACCGUCUCCCUGGUGGUCAUCAUGUUCGAGCUCACCGGCGGUCUGGAGUACAUCGUCCCCCUGAUGGCCGCCGCCGUCACCAGCAAGUGGGUGGCGGACGCCUUCGGGAAGGAGGGCAUCUACGAGUCGCACAUCCAGCUCAACGGCUACCCGUACCUGGACGUCAGGGACGAGUUCACCCACCGCACGCUGGCCACCGACGUGAUGCGGCCGCGCAGGAACGACCCGCCUCUGGCCGUGCUCACCCAGGACUCCACCACGGUGGAGGACGUGGAGGCGCUGAUCAAAGACACCGACUACAACGGCUUCCCGGUGGUCAUGUCCAGAGAGUCGGAGAGGCUCAUCGGCUUCGUCCAGCGCCGGGAUCUCACCCUCGCCAUCAAAAACGCCCGUCAGAAGCAGGACGGCGUGGUGAGCAGCUCCGUGGUCUACUUCACCGAGGACGCGCCGCAGCUGCCGGCCAGCGACCCGCAGCCGCUGAAGCUGCGACGCGUCCUGAACCUCAGUCCCUUCACCGUCACCGACCACACGCCUAUGGAGACGGUGGUGGACAUAUUCCGCAAGCUGGGCCUCCGCCAGUGUCUCGUCACCCGGAGCGGGCGUCUGCUGGGCAUCAUCACUAAGAAGGACGUCCUGCGUCACAUGGCUCAGAUGAUGAACCAGGAUCCAGAGUCCAUCAUGUUCAACUAGACGAAGCGGCCAUCGAGGUAACGGAAAGGACCAAUCGUCUGCAGGCUGCUGAUCAGCUGAUCCUUCUUCUUACGCUUCAUGUCACGCUUCAGAGGCUGAAGACACUUUUUACAGCUCAAGUGAGAGGAAUCUAAUCAAUAAUCAAUACGAGGAAGUCUGGAGAAACCAGACGUUUGGUAAAUAGCGUUUAACUUCUGUCAUUCUAUAUCAGCUUCCAUGUAGACGAUCUGAUUGGUCAGAAAGUAAAUGUCCUGUUUCCUCUCUUUCUCAAGUUCACUGAACUCUUAUUUCAAGCACACCUUAUGGAUGACGUCGUCCUCUGUGAUGACGUCGUCCUCUGUGACGACGUCGUCCUCUGUGACGACGUCGUCCCCUGUGACGACGAACCCUCCGAUCUGAACCCUGAUAUCUUGUUCUGUGAGGUGUCUGUUGCUCUCUGUGUUUGUUUUGCUGCCAUAUUCAUAUGAACGUGUUCUUGUUUCUGUCUCUUUGACCUGAAGACUCUCUGACACACGUUCACUGAAGCAGUUAAAGGGUUCAGAGAGUCUUUGGAGUCUUUGGUACGUAACGUGUGUCAAAAGGUUCAGAGAGUCUUGAAUGGUGUGAUGUUCACAGAGAAGAUGUGUGAGAGGUUUAAAACACGACUAACUAACAGGAGGCAGCAGGAGACCAGUGACUGCUCUUAUAUCGAAAGUAUGUUGGACUAGAGUAUUCCUCCUCCUCCACCUAUAACUCCUCCUCCUCUGAGGAUCUGAUUAUAAACAUCCCAGUGACUCUGUAGCUCUUCUGUUAGCGACACUGAAAGCUAAAUGCUCCUUCCUGUAGGAGACAGGAAGUGAAGUAACUAACGAGGUCACUAGAGUCCUAAAUGUUGAUCAUAUUUCCAUCAUUUCCAGCACUUACAAUAAGAGAAGCACAGAAGUGUUAGUUUCUGCUGGCUGAGUGUCUUUAUCUGUGUGUUGUGGUGUUUGUUGCUAACAGCUGCUAACGGGUCAUAAACACUGUAAACUACGAGGGGUUAAGUUUAAACACAACGUUUUGUCUUUAAAUGCCAAGAGAAUGUAUUCAGAUAUCUGCUGUAUAUAUUAAAGAUUUACUGUGUCAUGGUUAAUUUAAAACACUCAUGUUUAUUUAUUUUAACACUAAAUAUUAAUAUUUAUCAGAUGCACUCCUUUAAAAGA